AUGUCAGACCUGAGAACGGACUGCGAGGGCAAGAACGCCCGCGGGGUGCUCGACGCCGCCAGGCAGCAGCUGCAGCGCUGCCACGUGGGCAUCGCCGAGAUGCCGCGCGAGACCAUGUCGUACCUCCUGAUGCUCCUGCCGUGGGCCAGGGACGCCAGCACCGCCUUCACGAUACUGGACGACGGCGCCGCCGAGGCGUCGGGGAGGUUCAAGGCCGGCGCAUUCACCAAGGACACGCGGUCCAAGCUUGCCGUCCUGUUCCAGGGCGACAAUUUCAUUUACGAUGACGGAACGCAAGCUUUCGACAAGCAGAUGAGGGGGGCCUGGAGCUGCUACUCCUCGGAGAAGUUCACCGGGGACGAGCCGACGUUGGUCAGGGAGGUCCGCAGGAUCGCUCGCAGGGUGACACGGCGAAAGAUGGAGGAGGGGACCGCAUCCAGAUGUCGACGUGCCUUGAGCGGCGCAAGCUCUGCUCGGGACACGCCGUGGAUGCGCGGGACUGCCGCUGCUCCGAGCUGA